GAAAGAGAUGUUUUUGGAAUUUGGUUUCCACCCACGGAAACGCAUUCCCCCGUCGGUUCCGUGGAGUCGCGUGGCCUUCUUCCCCUAAGCGAACCGAAUAGGAAGCCGAAGUGCCACCCAAAAUGCCACUCCGCUUCCUCCUCUCCUCUACCGUCCGCCGGUUCUCCUCCUCCGCCCUUUCCGGUGGCGCCGCCGCCGAGUCCCGGAGCCAGAAGCUAGAGAGGAUCGCCGAUGUGCUUCUCUCUCUCACGAAGGAGGAGCGCAAGGACUACUCCACCCUCUUCCGCCUCAAGCUCGGCCUCAACCACCUGGUCCAGGCCGGCGGCAGCGUGCCCUGGGCGGGAGCCGGGCCGGGGGCCGAGGCGGCCAAGCCGGCCGAGGAAAAGGAAAAGACGGCGUUCGACAUCAAGCUCGAGAAGUUCGAUGCCGCGGCCAAGAUCAAGGUCAUCAAGGAGGUGAGGACGUUCACCGACCUGGGGCUGAAGGAGGCCAAGGAGUUGGUGGAGAAGGCCCCCGUGGUGCUCAAGAAGGGGGUGACCAAGGAGGAGGCAGAGGCGAUCGCCGCCAAACUCAAGGAGGUCGGCGCCACCGUCGCGUUGCAGUGAAACACCAAAGCAAGAAAAAUCUCGCCUUCGAGUCAUUCUUCGAUUUGGUAGUUGUUUUUCUUCAGCUAGGAAAUUGGUCGAACAGUUUGAAUGCUAUUCCUGGUGCAUGUGUUCUUUCUUUUCUCAUAUGAUGAACAAUGUGCAAGAGAACUUGAUGAAUCGAAGGUUAUGUCGCCUUAUUUAUCA